GCAAGGCACAGGGAGUGCAGAGUGCAGGCAAGAAAACCAUCUCAUUCUUUUUUGGGGAAAAAAGAAAUGAUUAAAUCAUCAGAAAGAGGGAAUCGUACAAGUCUUCAAAAGGAACAUUCUGCAGCUCUUUAACCAUUUUACCUCAUGAAGGGACCAUAAGUGUGGGGUGGAGUAAUGGGAAAUGUUGUUCGAGGAGCCGUGGCCUUCAUUCCAUCAGACAGAUGUGAGCGAUUCUUGGUUGGAGACUUGAAGGAGAUGCCACAUGAUCGCACUUUAGACCUGAGUAGCCGCCAUCUUCAUCGCUUUCCACUUAGAGUAUGUGCUUUUGGUGAACUAUUAAAACUUUAUUUGAGUAAUAACAACUUGAGCAGUCUGCCUCCUGAGCUUAAUAAUCUGAAAAAGCUUCAGAUUCUGGCUCUGGACUUCAACUGUUUUGUGGAAUUGCCUUUGGUUGUUUGCAGUCUUCGGCAACUUAACAUCCUCUACCUUGGCAAUAAUCAACUUUACAAACUACCAACACAACUUGCUCAACUCAGUGGACUAAAGACAUUGUGGCUAGAUAACAACUGCAUUACAAAGUUUCCAUCUGUAAUAUGUAAGCUUUCUGAACUCAAAACUCUUCAUCUGGGUUACAAUCAGUUUUGUAGCUUGCCUGGUGAUCUGGCAAGGUUAAAAGAGCUGCGAAGUAUUUGGUUAUCAGGCAAUGCACUGAAUAAAUUUCCACCAGUGCUUCUGGAAAUGCACUGUUUGGAAGUGAUUGAUGUAGACAGGAACUACAUACAAUAUUUUCCACCACUUAUUCACUUGACAGGGCUUAAGGUUAUCAUCUAUGACCAUAAUCCAUGUGUUAACGCACCUUUGGUGGGAGAAGGUGUGAAACGGGUGGGCCGCUGGGCCGACAGUAGUAAUGAUGGGGAUGAUGAAGUGGAGCGUAAGACGGCUGAAGUGUCCACAGAAGAAAAGACAGCUGAAGUGUCCACAGCAGAAAACACAGCUGAAGUGUCCACAGCAGAAAACACAGCUGAGGUGUCCAUAGAGGUGAGAGAACAGCUGCUAAAGAAUGAGUAAUAGGAGAUGUACAACUAGUAUGAUGUUUAAUAUUUAAUAUAUGUAAUAUAUCUAAUAUAUCCAUGGUAGCAAAAGAAUGUACAGUAAUACUAAUGAAUUGUUCUUAAUGUAUUGAUGGUGUAAAGAAUAUUUCUAUAUAAAACAAUAGUUUUAGUAAAUGUUUUCUCUGAAGUAAUGAAAGAAACAUUCCAGGACUAUAGCUGUCACAUUACUACAUUGAUUUUAUAUAUAUAUAAUGUACAAGAAUUUAUGUUUUUCUGCUUUCUGAUUAUUUGAGUUCUUUAAAGAUAUAUAAUUUCUGUUUUAUAGAUUAUCUUGAAUUAAACUGUAUGAAGUAUUGAAGGAUAUUCUAAUGAUGAAUUGCUAAAUUCCAACAAUGUACCUCACCUCCUCAAUAAUGCAUGUGUGAAGUGACAGAUUCGGGUCUGCAGUUUAAUGUACGACCUUUAAUAGGCUUUUAUCAUCAUUCUUGCUGGCCCUGGUUGCUGGUGGACAUGUAGACUGUUUUCUGCAAAUAUUAACCUCAACUUUGUUAGCUGUGUUUUUGCCAUUAUUAAGAGAAUUGUUAGAAGUUCUACAAGCAAGUUUUCAGAUGGGAUAUAAUGUGUAUUUGGGAUUAGUGUCAGCAAAGUUCAUCGGAUUGUCACAUUCUGUGUGAAGUGUGUUUUUUUUCAC